UUGAGAGCAAACACGGUAUCCUGAUGUGUUAGUGCACGCUGUUUCUCUGACAAGUUUUUGCCGUACCUCAGGAUUCUUUAAGUUUUCAGUGGAAGUUGUUGCUGCUGCUCUUUGUGCUUCUUUUAGGUACCACAAGUUCCUCUUGUCUUCAUUUACCAUCUCCAGGUCAAAUGAAAUUUUCACUUGCCUGGUCACUGAGGGUCUGAGAGGACGAGCUGUUUGUGGAGAAGAUCCAAGAUUCUUGCAGCUUUUCUGCUUCACAUCCUGUUCAAACACAUCUCUUUUCUCGUGUACCCUCUUCUGCCAGUCCUAGCAGCCCGCUCUUACUCCCUCUUGCUCAAGAGACCCUUUCACUUUCAACCCUCUCCCACAUACACGCCUCCCCUUGUUCUGGCCUCAUUCUCUUCUUUUCGCUCUGUUCUCCUGAUCUCUCUCCUUCACCUGUCCAAAAAGGACAGACCUGGUUUUCCCCAGCAUUGUCCCACACCGACCCCGCACCCUUACCUCGCUCCCCUACCCCUUCUCUUCCCCUCAUGGGCACCAUAUCAGCCAGCGGCAUCACAUUCCCUCCAUCAUCGGUGAGAACCUCUCUCCACCCCUAACUGCUUUGCCAACACCAACAUCAACAGAGCUCAAUGGAGCCAAAAGAUAUGAUGAUGACCAGCAUGCUGAAAAUGGACGAUGAGGGAGAGAAGGACAAAGGGAGAGAGGGCGUGGAGGGUGAGGAGGGGGACACGCAGCAGGAAAAUGGUAGAAAGGUGCUGGCUGAUGGUCUCGCAGACAGAGGACCCAAGAGCCUGAACUCUGGCUCUGGCCAGCAGGUGUCCAAUGGCUUCACAACAUCUACCCCUCAGAGCCCCAGGGAGGGUCCAGGGACUGCAGCUGGUGCUGCCGAUACAGCCUCUGGGCCUGGAUCUGGGUCUUUGGUGCCACCGGGAGGCUUAAGGACUCUAGUGGUCCAGCAAACCACUUUGGACAGGCCAAGAGAGACCUGGAGCAAGAAGAUGGACUUCCUAUUGUCUGUGAUUGGCUACGCUGUGGACCUGGGAAAUGUCUGGCGCUUCCCGUACAUCUGCUACCAAAAUGGAGGAGGUGCCUUUUUGCUGCCCUACCUGUUGAUGGCGGUGUUCGGAGGCGUACCUUUGUUCUACAUGGAGCUGGCUCUGGGCCAGUUCCACCGCAGUGGCUGCAUCUCCAUCUGGAAACACAUCUGCCCCAUCUUCAAAGGGAUUGGCUUCGCCAUAUGCAUCAUAGCCCUCUACAUUGCCUUCUACUACAACACCAUUAUGGCCUGGGCUCUCUACUACCUGAUAUCGUCUUUUCGGCCCACCCUGCCCUGGACCACCUGCACCAACAGCUGGAACACAGUCAACUGUAAUAGAUACAUGUCCUCCGACUACAACGUGUCCUGGUCCAACUCAUCCACGUCCCCCGCCGAGGAGUUCUAUGUUCGCCAGGUGUUGCAGGUCCAUCGCUCUGAAGGUCUGCACCAGCUGGGCUCCAUCAGUUGGCAGCUGGCUCUCUGUCUGCUCUUCAUCUUCACCAUCGUCUACUUCAGCAUCUGGAAAGGAGUCAAGACGUCUGGAAAGGUGGUAUGGGUGACAGCUACUUUUCCCUAUCUGGUCCUCCUGAUCUUGCUGAUCAGAGGUGCCACACUGCCAGGGGCCUGGAGAGGCGUUAUCUUCUAUCUCAAACCUGACUGGGAGAAACUGUUAACCCCUUCGGUGUGGAUCGAUGCUGCAGCUCAGAUCUUCUUCUCCCUGGGUCCGGGCUUUGGCGUGCUCCUUGCCUUUGCCAGCUACAACCCAUUUCACAACAACUGCUACAAAGAUGCUUUGGUCACCAGCUCAGUGAACUGUCUGACCAGCUUCCUGUCGGGCUUCGUCAUUUUCACCGUGCUGGGCUACAUGGCAGAGAUGAGGCAGCAGAAUGUGGAUGCUGUGGCCAAGGAUAUAGGCCCCAGUCUGCUCUUCAUUAUUUAUGCAGAAGCCAUUGCAAACAUGCCUGCUGCUACCUUCUUCGCCAUCAUCUUCUUCCUCAUGAUCAUCAUGUUGGGUCUGGAUAGCACGUUUGCAGGUUUGGAGGGGGUAAUUACAGCCAUGCUGGAUGAGUUCCCUCAUAUCCUGGUUAAGAGACGAGAGUGGUUUGUCUUUGGCCUUGUGUGUGUCUGCUACCUCGGGGCUCUGUCCACACUCACAUAUGGAGGAGCGUUUGUGGUGAAGCUGUUUGAGGAAUAUGCGACGGGCCCGGCGGUCAUCACCGUGGUGCUGCUGGAAGUCAUCGCUGUCUCCUGGUUUUAUGGUACCAACCGUUUCUGUAACGACGUCCAGGUCAUGCUCGGUUUCUACCCGGGUUGUUUCUGGAGGGUCUGCUGGGUAGCCAUCUGCCCCUGCUUCCUCCUGUUCAUCAUCUUCAGCUUCCUGAUCUUCCCACCAGAGGUGAGGUUGUUUAACUAUCACUUCCCGCCUUGGACCACCGUCCUGGGCUACUGCAUCGGCGUGUCUUCAUUCAUCUGCGUGCCUGCUUACAUGGUUUACCACCUGCUUAAUGCCAAAGGCACAUUCAAGCAGCGUCUGCUGAAAAGCAUCACUCCGGAGCCGAGUAGCGAGAACCACAGAGAUUACAUUGUGACCAACGCAAUUUAACCAAAUAUUGAUCCAAAAGAAGGCGCCGCUCUACCCACUGGCAGGCACCAUCUUCUGGACAUACUGCAAAACUACAGGACAAGGGGGCUACCUUUCACUGUCUUUUUCAUCUCUUCCAACAAGAUCUAGAAACUGAGCUGGAGUUAGCCUGAGCUAGGAAUUUUAGGAUGUUUUGGUUCUUAAAGAUGCUGUUGCUUAAAAGACCCACUGCUUAAUUUCGCAAUCCUGAUCCUCAGUAUCUUCAAAGUUUUUGCAUCACUCAGAAGCAUGAUCCAAGUGGUUCACUGACUAAUUAAGACUUACAUAAAGUAUAACAAUCACAUGCACUCAAACAGAGGACCCUGCACAUUCAGCUCAGUUACAGAAGGCCAGAUUAUUACACUUUAGUCCACUUUCACUAUUCGUGGUUGCAUUUUCUUGUUAUGCUGUUAAGUUAUGCAUUCAAAUAUGUAGCAAGAUUCAGGUAUCCUUUACAGCUGUCGCUGAAACCAAAUACACAAGAUCUGUUCUGUUCCUGAAGUUGUUUCAGUAUUCUCCAUGUUGUCACGUUGUGUUGACUGUGUUCAUCUGGUGGCAUCUUGGUCGAAUGAUGGAUUUGCAAUGAGGUCCCUACACUGUGAAGCACUGCCUGGUAGUGACAUGAAUCUGUGUGUGUCUGUGUUUGUGUGUGUGUGUGUGAUUCUGUGUGCAUGAGGAAGAUAGACUGUUAUAAAUCCAGAGGAAAAUGCAUCACACACAAAAACUAUCCAAGUCUUUUCAUUCUAUAACUGCAAUAUAAGAUAUGUGUCUUUAUUUUCUAAUGCAUCAGUGCUGUCAUCGUGUCUGUCCUCACAGUAACGGCACUGGGAGACACAGCGCAGAGGGUCUUUGAUUAAACCCAUUUGACAGAUUUAACACUCUGCACUCUGUUGUCAUACUCCAUAUCUGCCGGUAAUAGAAGCCAAAUAUGGAUCAGAGCUAAUAAUAUCAUCAGUAUCAGUCUAGAAAUCAGUGUUACUGUGUUUUACUUUUAACCAAAAAAAUUGUGUGCGUGUAUGUCUGUGUGUGUUUUGAGACUGCGGGUAUAGGAGCAGGACUUAAAAUAUGGCGAGCACUGUACAUCUCCAUGUAUUUACUAGUCAGUCUGGUAUUGGUGUAAUCUAACAUGUGAAUACCUGUCUCCUUCCUCCAUGGAUGUGUGAAUGUGUGAGUGUUAAGUACUUGUGUGAUGGUCAAUUUGAGCGUGAGUGCGUACAGUGUACUUCAUUUGUGUGUAUGUGUGUGUGCAUGUGUGUGUGUGCCAGUGAUGUGAUCUCCUGUUGUCUUGUUAAAUGCCAAACUAUCUGAUGAAGAAAGUAAACUCCCUCUUGCCUCUUUCUCUCUCGUACCUCUCAAGCUUAUAUAAAAUCUGUGUAUGUCAAUGAAAGACUGUACUGAGAAGCAUCUGUAUAGAAUAAAGAUAUAUAAAUAUAUGGGAAAUUACAGAUAAUAAUAAAGAUAUAUGGAAAUUAAUAAUGUUGGUCACCUGCUAGUUGAUUGUUUUGCAUUUCUUUG